UACCUGGCGAUCAUCAUGCCGCGUGCGUCCAUAACAGCCUCAAUAGAAUCCAAGCAGCGCAUCAUGGUCAUUGUCACCACCGGCGUCGCCCUCUGCCUGCUGCUCAUCGGGUGGGCCGUGGUGAUCUUCCUCACGCUCUACGUGGACACGCGCAUGCGCCCCAAGGAGGAGCUGCAGCGCCAGAUGGAGGAGACCCAGCGAGCCCAGGCUGCCUCCGAAGUGAAGAGCCAGUUCCUGGCAAACAUUUCGCACGAUCUCAGGACCCCCAUGGCUGGCAUCCUGGGUCUGCUGGACAUCAUGCUGUGCGACCACCUGUCAUCGGAGCAGGAGGCCAACCUGCGCCAGAUGAAGUCCUGCUGUGCCUCUCUCCUCGGACUCCUCAACAACCUGCUUGACCUUGCCAAGGUGGAGGCGGGCAAGAUGCAGCUGGAGGUUCUAGAGUUUGACAUAGUGGGCGAGCUGGAGUCGCUGGUGGACAUGUUCAGCGUGCAGGGGCUUAGCAAUGGCACUGAGAUCGCCCUUGAUCUCUCGGACGACAUCGAUCGGACGGUCAAGGGCGACCCGUCUCGAGUCAGACAGCUCAUGUUCGAGAAUCUGCUGAGCAACGCGUGCAAGUUCACCAAGAACGGCCAGGUGAGGGGAGCACUGGUAGCUGGCUGGCUCGUGCACUCAUUUGCCUUUCGCGGCCCCUCUCUCCCUUCCUUCCUUGUCAUUCAGGUGUUCGCGAAUCUGCUGAGCAACGCGUGCAAGUUCACCAAGAACGGGCAGGUGGUGGUGAGGGGGUGGGUGCGCGACAGGCCGCCCCCGCAGCUGGCCAAGCAGGACCUCUCCAUCCCGGGGGAGAAGGGCAACCCCACAGCUAGCGGCCCAGCAGGUCCAAGUGCCACAAUUCCAACAACACAGAAGCAGACGCAGCGGGAGCAGGCAUGGCGGGAGUGGGAGCGGGGGUGGGAGGCGAGCACGGCGGGCGGGGGCAAGGCGCGGCGCACAGUGGCGUUCAUGUUUGAGGUGGAUGACACGGGGCCGGGCAUUCCUCCUUACUCUCCCUCUCUCUCCCUUCUCCCCUCUCUGCCUACUCCCCUCUCUGCCUACUCCCCUCUCUGCCUUCUCCCCUCUCUGCCUACUCCCCUCUCUGCCUUCUCCCCUCUCUGCCUUCUCCCCUCUCUGCCUUCCUCCUCUCCCUUUCCCCCUUCCCCACCCCCCUCCCCAACCCCCAUUCCUCUUGCAGCAGGCGGCACAGCAGGUCCAAGAGCCGCGAUGAGUUUCGAGGCGCCUCAAAAGCCUUCCCCACCCCCCUCCCCAAACCCCAUCCCCCUCCCCAACACCCAUUCCGCUUGCAGCAGGCGGCACAGCAGGUCUAAGAGCCGCGAUGCCAGCAGCACAGAGGGAGACGCAGCAGGAGCAGCGGGAGUGGCGGGGGCGGGCGUGGUGGGGGAGCAGGGCGGGGGCAAGGGGCGGCGCACGGUGGCGUUCAUGUUUGAGGUGGAUGACACGGGGCCGGGCAUUCCCAUGCACAAGCGGGAAUCUAUCUUUGAGAACUUUCAACAGGAGGACGUUUCCACUGCCCGCACGCAUGGUGGCACAGGCCUCGGUCUGGGAAUCGUCCGCUCCCUGGUGAACCUGAUGGGCGGGUCGAUAGCCGUGGUGGACAAGGAUGGGCAGGGGGCUCGGUUCCGCUUCGACAUGCGGUUUGAAGCGGUGGAGGGCGGUGGAGGGUGGCACAACAGCAUGCUUCAGCCAGAGCUGCUGCUGCCCAAGCUGACUGCCGUGGAGGGCGGGCAGGUGAGAACCAGGGUGGAGGGGGGACAAAAGGGAGGGGGAGGGGAUGUGAUGGAGGUGGUGGGGGGAGAGCAGGUUAGGGAGGGGAGAGGGCAGGUCCUUGUCGCAAUGAAGGUGGAUAGUGCAGGGGCGGCCAUUGCAACAGCCUGGACUAUCCGCCUGGCUGGUGCAACAGCCUGGAUGGAUCAUGGAACGCCACAAGCUCAAGCAAUGAAGGAGGACAGUGCCGGGGCAGCCAUCGCCACGGCCUGGAUGGAGCGGCGCAAGCUCAAGGUGUGGCGAGCGCACACGUGGCAGGAGAUCAUGCCAGCUGUCGCGUCCAUACUGAUCCAGAAGUCGGCCGCCUCGCAGCCCCCCCGCGCCUCGCGCUCCCUCGUGGGCUUCUCUGCCCCGCUCAUGCGCAGCUUCACUGCUCUGAGAGGGGGCGGAGGAGGGGAGAAGGGGGAGAAAGGGGAGAAGGGGGAGAAGGGGGAGAGAGGGGAGAGAGGGGGGAUUGCUGCUGUGGGUGGAGCGGUGGGGGGUGGGGGGGUGGGAGGUGGUAGUUUCGGCGCUGGGGGUGGCGGCAGCAGCAGCAACGGUGGUGGUGGUGGCGGUGGGGUUGGGAGUGGUGCGGGUGGGUUCAGUCCGAUGGUGGAUAAAGCAAGGUCGGCUGUAGGCUGGCGCAGCCCCUCUCCUCGAUCCCACGACUCCUUACCAGCACCUGUAGCGCCAUCCCCAGCGGCUGUAGCGGCAGCUAUGGCAGCGGCUGUAGCAGCAGUGCCAGGCGGACCUGGGGGAGGGGGAGGGGGAGGGGGGGCGGGUGGGACCUCCCCUCGACCAAUCACCCCUGAUCAGACCCCCCUGUCAGGUCCUAUGCAGGUGCAGAUGGGGCAGGUGGUAUCUGAAUCAGGCGGACCCGGGCAGGGGCAGGGGCAGAGAGAGGUAUGGAACCGGCUUCCCUCCCCCUCCCAUCCUCUGGGCAACGGCCGCAUUCUCAGCAGCCCCGGGCGCUGCUUUGGCAGCCCUGCUGCUGCAAGCACGUGCGGGGACAGCGAGGACGGGGAUAUAGGAGACGGGGGAGCGGGGGAGGGGGCGGACGGGGGGAAAGCAGGAGGGGGAGGAGGAGGGGGGUUGGGGGGAGGGAGGGCAGCAGGGAUGGUGAAGAGUUUCGGCAGCAGCAGCAGCAGGCUGCUGGGGCGUGCUAUGAGCACCAAGUCCCGACGGUCCCUGGAAAAGCAGGGUAGCAGCCAAGAUCCGUCCUUUUCCAGCCACGGCUCUGCCUCCGCCACCACCCCACCCGCUUCUGCUGAUGCUGCUGGCGCUGCUGCUGCUGGUGCUGGUGGUGGUGCUCUAGGCACAGCUUCGAAUGGCCUCGCAUCGCUGUCCUUUGAUGGAACGGUGGGCAGGGAGCAGCAGGGCUUGUUGAGUGGGCCGUUGGCCCAUGGGAGCAUCGGCUCCCGGUCGCUCGGAGCGGGGCUGGUUGGAGGGAGAGGGGGUUCGGGGGGCGUGGGGUCGGACAAAGACGGCUCGAUUGCAGCUGCUGCUGCCGCCGCUGUUGCUGCUGUUGAAUCCGAAGGUGCUGGCACUGGUGGCGGUGGCGGCGGCGGUGGUGCUGCUGCUGCUGCUCCUGCUGCUGCCACGGCUCCCCGUGGAUCCUUCCUCUCUGCUGCGUCCCCGUCAAGGGUCGUCCCAGCGUCCCCUUCCCGGCUCAUCCCCGCCUCCCCUCCUUCAGCAGCAGCCCAAGCCUCCUCAUCCUCGUCCUCCUCCUCUACAGCCCGGCCGGCAUCGAAGCUGAUGCUGGCGGUGAUAGACGUGUCGAUUGUUCCUAAUGUGCACCAGUUCAUAGCGGAGGAGCUUCAUAUAUUUCGGGCGCGCCUGCAGCACCAGGGAUUCGUCAUCGCGUGGUUGGUGGAGCACAACACGUCAGCCGAUACCAGGCGCGCUCUCAGAAGGUCGGGGUGUGCAGUGGCGUCCAAGCCGCUCUAUGCAUCACGCAUGGCUCCUCUCCUCGCCCUGGCGACGGCCAGGAACAGUGUGCCGCACUCGAGCUCUCAGAUCGACAUGCCGCGCACGUUCGGGGCGAGGGGCGGACGAGGGGGAGAUGCGGGAGCGGAAGGAGGGGGUUCACAGUGGCAUCAUGGAGAGGCGAACGAGCAGGCGUGGGGCCUACCAGCACCAGCAGAGGAGGACGAAUCAGCCGACUCCCCAGCAGCCUCGUCCACAGCGCUGCGCAACACUGCUGCCGUCUCCGUCCCCUUCUCCCCCUGCCCUCGCCCCUCCGCCUCCACCCCCACUAGCGCCACCGCUGCUAGUUCUGCUGCUGGUGGUGGUGCUGGUGGGGGGGGAGCGGCUAUGUCUGGGUACCCCCCUCCCUCGGGUCGCGCCCCCCCCCUCCCCUCCCCACACGCCGCUGCUGCCGCCUCCCCCCAUGGCCUCCCCACCGGCCGCCCCCCCAUUCCCUCGGCGGCGAGUGCAGAAGGCACCGGCCCGGCCGUAAGUGACGGUGCUGGUGCUGCUGGUGCUGCUGGUGCUCGUGGUGCCGCUGGCGGUGCAGGUGCUGGCUCGCCUGCACCGGGAGCGGCAGCAGCAGGGGCCGCAGGGGUGUUGGAGUCGUCUCCCGGCUCACGGUCAGGGAGGACGCGGCCGGUCAACAGCGGGCUCAAGAAAGGGGCGUCCUUCUCAGAGGGCUCGUUUGACAACGCGCUGGCAGGCAAGCGGGUGCUGAUUGCUGAAGACACGGCUCUGCUGCGCAAGGUGGCCAUAAUCCGAAUGCAGAAGCUCGGCUGCGAGGUCGAGGCGGUGUGUGACGGGCAGCAGGCAGUGGAUGCGGUGCUGGCCACAUACGCCAGCAAUACGGGGCGGUUCGAUGCGGUGCUCAUGGAUUGCCAGAUGCCUGUGUUGGACGGGUAUGGGGCCACAGCAGCCAUCAGAGCAGGGGAGGCGGGGACGCCCUUCCACACGCCCAUAGUGGCGCUCACAGCCCACGCCAUGACCAGUGACCACCGCAAGUGCCUGGAUGCGGGCAUGGAUGCUUACCUCACCAAGCCUAUUGACCCUGCACUCAUGUCCCGCACCCUGCUGGGUUUGAUGGCCAAGCACCCUGUAGCUGCUGCUGCCGCUCCUACCCCUGCUGACUCAUGA